AUGGACCAGGAAACAUCAACGAGCCCUUCUGAAGGUGCUCAGAGUAUUCCUUUGGCAUGUAAAGACAUUGUGUCAAAGGCCUUUUCUCCGAAUGUGUCUAUCAGUGUAUCCAGUGAUGUAAACGAUGUUGCUCGGGAUAUGGGUCUGGAUUCGUUUGUAAAUCUACUGCGACCAUUCGGAGAUAGAAUUUCAGGCCGGAUUACAGUAUGUGACUCACAGGCUGCCAGUGUAUCAUUCGACGAUUUUGCAAUUCGGUUUAGUGUGGGUACUGGAUCAGAUGUUACCGGGUCAAAUGGAACUAAUGUUGCUGAUGUAACUCAAGAAACUGAGUCCACUGGUACGACAUCACCUACAGGCGCGAGUACUUCUGUGGCCACUGGAUCCGGUAUUACGACUCCUGCCCAUCAACUACCUCAACUAUUUAAUAAUGACGAACUGGAAUCGUAUCUUGCAAAUCGGCUUCAGUCUUUUGCUGAUAAAGGCGUCAAACUCACACCACAACUAUCACAAGAAUUAUAUCUAGACUUUUUCAAGCGUAUAUUAACGCCACUGUCGUCAAUUCCUCCUUUUGAAACGUUUAACCAUCCAGUUACCGGGGUCAUUGCUGUUUCUUCUCGAAAUGAACAGCCUAUAGAGACGUUGUCAUUGCUUUACAACCGCAGUCAUGAUCCACAACUCGUUCAUGAUUAUAUUAACAAAGAUUAUUUACGAUACUAUGUCCUGGUUCAUGAUGAGACGACAGGAGAUCUCGACAAAUCCAUUGCAUUAUUUGAGAAAAUGAAACGAAACUUCGGGCUUCAUUGUCACAUGAUUAGAAUCAAUAGAGAUACCACCAGUGUGGAUGAAGCAAGUAUAAUGAAAUUAGACCAGCCAGAAUGGCAAUCUUUACAACAGUUACAAAGUGCAAAUACUGGACAGGAAUCUCAAUUAGACACAUCCCACUAUAUCCAUAAAGAAGAUUACGAAUCGUUACAACAGUUUGUACGAGAAAUGGUAGUACAAUCAGUUCUUCCGUUUAUGGAAAGAUGUAUAGCAACAUGGAAUGACCAGGUUGCUUCAAGUCGGCGAGGAAUAACUGGUAGAUUUUUUUCAGCAUCCAAAAAGUAUUUUUCAUCUUCAACAAGAGCAACUAGUUCGAUACUUUCCACAGCAAGUGGGUCAUCACCAUUCUACUUCUCACUCGGAGGAUCAGGAGCUUCAACACCAGCAUCUAGAUCCCCCACUCCGCCAACUAGAACUAUUUCAUCACCAAACUAUCCUGCAUCAUCGUCAAAAUUUUCAUACAACUAUCUCACCCCAGAAGCACAGAUCCGAAAACUGGCAGAUUUUGCCUUUAUGCUUCGAGAUUAUAAAUUCGCUUAUACCACCUACGAUUUGUUGAAACGAGACUAUCACAACGAUAAAGCAUGGUCGUACUUAGCAGGCUGUGAAGAGAUGGCAGCUAUCAGUUAUCUCAUGACUGCCGAGAGUCUACCUCCCAAACAGCGAGUUGAUAUCAUUGACUCGUUACUCGACUCAUCAACUUAUUCAUACAUAUCGCGGUGUUCAUUACCGUCUUAUGCCCUUCGAAGUAUUCUAAUAUCAUCUGAGCUACUGUGUACUCUGAACACGCCAUCAGCUGCUUCAGAUGGAGCUACUAAAUGGGUGUUAAAGGCUCUCAACGAGCGCUUAGUAGGCCGAUUGGGCUAUGCCAUGCUUAUGGAACGAAUCAGUGGUGCAUACUCAGCAUAUGACAGUGUAGCAGACCGGUUUGUUAAUCCACCUGGACUAGCCAAAGGAACUCCCAUAAACGCAUCGUCAGUGUCUUUGAUACAAGGAGCACCCGAUCGGUCAUCCACUCCAGCAUCGAUUACGUCUACCAAUUCAAACACCAGCAAAAUCAUUGCAUCAUCAACGGUUCGUACCAGUAGAACCCGUAAAGCAGCAUUCUGGCAGUUAUUAGCAGCUCGUGAAUGGAACGAUGCCAAUGUCAAAGAAAAGUCAAUCUACUGCAUCGACCAGGCAAACUCGUUGAUCUACAACGAACUAGACUGGGCCCAUCGUCCUACAGGACUUCUCCAUCGUCUUCAAGAAUCUUAG